CGGUUCCAACCCCGCCCUCCUCCACCCCGGGCUCUAGAGUCCCAUUUCCUGGGCUCAGGCCGACCACGCGGAGAAAUUCUGCGCUUCCCAGCACCCGGGCGGCUGUGACCCGAGAACGGCCGCGGGUGCAUGGAGGGGACCUCGCAGGGGGCGGCGCCCGCCGCGGCGCUGGCCGCCGUGCUCAAGCACAGCUCGGCCUUGCCGCCCGAGAGCGCCAAGGUGCAAGGUUACGACUUCAACCGCGGCGUAGAUUACCAGGCACUUCUGGAGGCCUUCGGCACCACCGGCUUCCAGGCUACCAACUUUGGACGCGCGGUGCAGCAAGUCAACGCCAUGAUUGAGAAGAAGCUGGAGCCGCUACCAGAAGAUGAAGACCAUCACGAAGAUCUAACGCAGAGCCUCCGCCCACUCACUGGCUGCACCAUUUUCUUGGGCUACACAUCCAACCUCAUCAGUUCGGGCAUCCGGGAGACCAUUCGCUACCUCGUGCAGCACAACAUGGUGGAUGUGUUGGUGACGACUGCUGGAGGCGUGGAAGAAGAUAUCAUCAAGUGCCUGGCACCCACUUACCUUGGCGAGUUCAGCCUCAGUGGGAAGGAGCUCCGGGAGAAUGGUAUCAACAGGAUUGGGAACCUGCUGGUUCCAAACGAUAAUUACUGCAAGUUUGAGGACUGGCUCAUGCCCAUUCUGGACCAGAUGGUGCUGGAACAGAACACAGAGGGUGUGAAGUGGACACCUUCCAAGAUGAUCUCCCGACUUGGCAAGGAGAUCAACAACCCAGAGUCUGUGUAUUAUUGGGCUUAUAAGAACCACAUUCCUGUGCUGAGCCCUGCGCUCACAGAUGGCUCACUGGGUGACAUGAUCUUCUUCCAUUCCUACAAAAACCCAGGCUUAGUUUUGGACAUCGUUGAAGACCUACGACUCAUCAACAUGCAGGCCAUUUUCGCCAAGCGCUCCGGCAUGAUCAUCCUGGGUGGAGGUAUGGUGAAGCACCACAUCGCCAAUGCUAACCUCAUGCGGAAUGGGGCUGACUAUGCUGUCUACAUCAACACAGCCCAGGAGUUUGAUGGUUCAGACUCAGGAGCCCGGCCAGAUGAGGCUGUCUCUUGGGGCAAGAUCCGGAUGGAUGCUCAGCCAGUAAAGGUCUAUGCUGAUGCUUCUCUGGUCUUCCCCCUGCUGGUCGCUAAGACUUUUGCCCAAAAGGCAGAUGCCUUCACAACUGAGAAGAAUGAGGACUAAGAAGAUUGGUGAAGAUUGGGGGUAUUUGCUAUUCCUUUAUUAACUUUAUACACCAGCCCCUCCCUGGGCCCACCUACUCCUUGAUCAGCAGCGUCUUCAGAAUAAAUGGUCUUUGUUAGG